AUGGCGUCCGACCUGUCAACUGCUGCCACUCUGGCGGGCAGUCUCACUGUCGACAUACCCGUCAUGAGCACUUCGGCCGUUGAGGAGGUCUCCAAGGCAAGCUUCGGCUGGUUCGGCAUCCUUGGCUGGAUCGUCCUCAGCUUGAUCAACCUCGUGUCCAUGGCCCUCUACUGGUCCGCCCGCAUCGUCACCAUCACCAUUCCUAGCCUACUCUACGCGCUGCUUUCUGCAAGCUGGACGGUGACGAUGAACGCUACUACGCUCAUCUUCAUAAUGGUAGCAAUUGCUUCAGCAGUUAGCUGGGUAGUGCGAUAUCGCAUCCUCAACAUGUACUCGCGACUACCACCCGAGCCUCAACGCAAGGAGCCAGACAUCGAUCUCUUCCCCGAUACCCACGAGGAAGGCAUGAAAUCGGGGCUCUCCAAUUAUCUAGACGAGUUUCUUAGCGCCAUCAAGAUAUUUGGCUAUCUCGAGAGACCCGUUUUUCACGAAUUGACCCGGAGCAUGCAAACCAGGAAACUGAUUGCAGGAGAGACGAUCAACUUGGAAGAAGAAAAAGGCUUCUGCAUUGUUGUCGAUGGUCUGGUGGAUAUUUUCGUCAAGACCGGCCAAGAUGCCCGCCAUUCGGGCUACUCGUCAGCCGAUCAGUCUUGCCAUGCCUCCUCCGAAGACGAAGAAUACAUGGCCCGGGGCCAGCAACAGUAUCAUCUUCUGACGGAAGUCAAGAAUGGCGCGCCCAUGUCUUCUUUAUUUUCCAUCAUGUCCCUCUUUACUGAGGAUGUCAAGUUGACAGUCGUGGAUGAGGAAGAAGGCGCUGAAACCGGCCCCUUCGUGCCAGCGUCAAUGCCAAGUACUCCAAAGCUCAAUGCUAGGUCUGGCAGGCAUAUUAUGGUGCCCGACCGCGACGCACCGCCGCAGGCGUCGUACGGAGUUACAGGCCCCAAUAUACCCCCCAUGUCUCUCAACGAUGCAGUGCCUACCAUUCACCAACCACCGCAGAGACCUAAGGCACUGAAGCGACGUGUCUCGCAGUCUGUUCAUCCGGACAUCAUUGCCCGAGCGACGGUGGACACCACAAUUGCAAUCAUACCUGCUCAGGCAUUCCGAAGACUCAUCAAGAUUUAUCCCAAAGCCACAGCCCACAUCGUCCAGGUUAUUCUUUCACGAUUCCAUCGUGUAACCCUCGCACACGCCUUCAAUUACCUAGGCUUGACCGGUGAAGUUCUUCAGACAGAAAAGAAUAUUCUCAAAUACACUUCUUGUCAACUCCCCAAUGUCUUGCGUGGAGACGCUCUCUCGCGAUUAAAGGAAAAAUUCAAGCGCGAGAGAGAACGAAUGAAGGAUGGUCAAGAAUCGAAGGGUAUUGCAUUACACAAUUCUACCGUCAGUCGCCGACGACGUGCGAAUACAGCCCUCCGCAAAGAUGCGGUGAUGCAUGCCCUAUCUAAGCAGCGCACUUCGUCCAUGUCUAGCAAUGUUGGUUCGCCGCACGAACGUUCCUCUCGUCACAAUAAGCCACAACCUGGUGACCUGCUAGCCAAUAUUCAUCAGGCUCGAAGCGUUCAAACCCCGUCGGGCUUAGAUCCCAAAACACCGCUUGCUCAGCAGUCUUUCAAUCCCUUUGAUUCCGAGAAACAUGCAAGAAUAUCUGUCGACCCACGCGAUCUUGCUGAAGAAGAUGACCUGUUCCGCACUUGCAUUCUCGAGUGCAUCUUCAAGACCCUUGGUCUCGAUCACGGUGGUACAAACUCUAGAGAGCCAGAAUCGAUAGAAGCAUCUCCACGUAUAGGUUACAUGGACCAACGGCGGGCACGGACGGCUUUUGCGAGCAAUGCUUUUGGGUUUAUGGGCCCAUUCGAGACGUCGAUCGAUGGCGAAACCGAAUCUGUUACCUCUAGUAACAUGGGGUUACAUGGGACGCCGAGUGCUUAUCUGCUCUCGCAAGAGAUGAAGAAUGAGAUGGAAAUCGUCUUCUUCCCAAAGGGGUCUGUCCUAAUUCAACAGGGAGAAAGAACACCCGGUAUAUAUUAUGUGAUCGAUGGUUUCCUGGAUAUUGGCGUAAGCAAGGAAACUUCCCGUGAUAUCCUGCACAAGAACCGACCAAAAACACCAGAGACGAAAAGCCCGGACAGGCCUAGUAGCGGCGGUAGCCACGAUCGAACAGAAACUCGAAAACACAGUGCUCGUCGCCGCAGCGUUGCUCUGGUGAAGCCUGGUUGUAUUGCGGGAUAUAUCGGCGGUGUCUCGUCUUACCGCUCCUACAUUGAUGUAGUGGCAAAGACGGACGUCUAUGUUGGCUUCCUUCCCCGUGCGUCUUUGGAGAGAAUUAUCGACAAGUAUCCGAUCAUUCUACUCACCAUGGCAAAGAGGUUGACUAGUAUUCUGCCACGUCUCAUCUUGCACAUUGAUUUUGCCCUGGAAUGGGUUCAAGUCAAUGCAGGCCAGGUCAUUUUUCACAACGGCGACGAGAGCGAGGCUAUCUACGUGGUUUUGAACGGUCGACUUCGACUUGUCGAGGAUAGGAAAGAUGGCGGUGUUGAGGCAAAAGCCGAGUACGGUCAAGGUGAAAGUGUUGGAGAGCUCGAAGUGCUCACAGAAACAGCUCGCUCCGGAACCCUGCACGCAAUUCGUGACACCGAGAUUGUCAAAUUCCCACGGACGCUGUUCAACAGUCUCGCGCAAGAGCAUCCCAAUAUCACCAUCAAGAUUUCAAAAAUCAUAGCGGCUCGUAUGAGGGCCAUGGUGGAUGACCCAUCGAGUGUAUUUGGUGCCGACGCCGGCUCUGGCUCCAUCCGAAAUCACGGUAAAUCUACGAUGAAUUUGCGGACUGUCGCAAUCCUGCCAAUUACUGCAGGUGUACCUGUGGUUGAUUUUGCCAGUCAUCUCAUGAACGCACUUUCUCAAAUGGGUAUGCCGAAUGGUGCUACCUCACUCAACCAAGCCGCCAUUCUGAACCAUUUGGGCAAGCAUGCUUUCAGCAAAAUUGGAAAGCUACGACUGUCUCAGUACUUGGCCGAUUUGGAAGAAAAGUAUGGACUCGUGGUUUAUGUUGCCGAUACCAGUGUUAAUUCACCUUGGACGCAAACUUGUAUCGCACAGGCCGACAGCAUCCUGUUGGUUGGCUUGGCGGUAGGAUCGCCUGAAAUAGGCGAGUAUGAGCGAUUCAUGCUCGGCAUGAAGUCGACCGCCUGGAAAUCGUUGGUAUUACUACAUGCAGAACGCUAUUCAAAGCCGGGCCUGACUAGGUCCUGGCUACGAAACCGUAUGUGGAUCAACGGCGGCCAUUUCCACAUCCAGAUGGCUUUUACAAACAACGAGGUCAGGGUAAUUCCGACUUCGAAGAAGCUCGGCCAAACGCUCAAGCAACAGCUGCAAAUCUUGCAAAUUGAGAUUCAAAAGUAUACGACGAAAAAAGCUCAGCGCUAUUACAUCCCUGACUCGCCAAUGAAGAGCGAUUUUCAUCGCCUAGCUCGUCGGCUCUGCGGCAAGUCUAUCGGCCUUGUUCUCGGCGGUGGCGGAGCGCGUGGUAUUGCUCACAUAGGCAUCAUUCGAGCAAUCGAGGAAGCAGGUAUUCCUAUCGAUAUUGUGGGCGGCACAUCCAUAGGUUCAUUCGUAGGAGCCUUGUACGCGCGUCAUGCCGAUGUGGUGCCCAUGUUUGGCCUUGCGAAGAAGUUUGCUGGCCGCAUGGCAAGUCUAUGGCGUUUUGCACUUGACUUGACCUACCCCUCUGCUUCCUAUACCACUGGCCAUGAGUUCAACCGAGGUAUCUUCAAAGCUUUUGGCAAAACACAGAUUGAAGACUUUUGGCUCGAAUUCUACUGUAAUACCACCAACAUUACAAAGAGUCGAAACGAGUUCCAUACCAGCGGCUACGCAUGGCGUUAUAUUCGCGCAUCCAUGUCUCUUGCUGGCUUGCUUCCGCCUUUGUGCGACGAAGGCAGUAUGCUACUCGAUGGUGGCUACGUCGACAAUUUAACUGUCUCGCACAUGCGGGGGCUCGGUGUUUCGAGCAUCUUUGCUAUUGACGUUGGUGCCGUUGAUGACGACACACCGCAGACGUAUGGCGACUCCCUGUCGGGCAUGUGGGCAUUUUUCAAUCGCUGGAACCCAUUUUCGUCGCACCCCAACCCGCCGACGCUGGCCGAGAUUCAGGCGCGCCUUGCCUACGUCUCGAGCAUCGAUGCGCUCGAGAGCGCCAAGCAAAUCGAGGGCUGCAUUUACAUGCGGCCUCCGAUUGAGGCAUACGGGACCCUCGACUUUGCCAAGUUUGACGAGCUGUACCGUCUCGGAUACAACUACGGCCAGGACUUUAUGAAGAAGCUGCGCGAGCAGGGCAAGCUGCCGCUGUCUGAGGAAGCGGAAGCGAAGCAGUCUAUGCGGCGCACGACUGCACGCAGAAGAGCAAGCAUAUAG